AUGCCUUUCGAUACAGAGACUGGGUCGGCAGCGUUGCUAAAUAUCCUAGGAGCAAACUUGAAGUCAACGGGCUAUAAAGAAGAAGGAGAAGAAGCAAACGCUAUGAGCUCUGCUCUUGGCGGGAUGCCGCUGGCUCUUAAACAGGUCGGUAGAUUGAUUGUCCUCAGAGGGAUACCUCUAGAGCGCUGUUUCGCAUCAUACAAUAAAAUCUCGUUUAGCGUAGAUGCUAAGAGCACAAUGAGCAUGAAUCGCAGCCACACCCUAGCGACCGAUUGGGAGACGGCGUUGAGUCAACUCUCGGGAUUCAGCAAGAUUCUCCUCAUUAUCUUGUCAUUCCUACAUUCUGACUACAUACAUCAGUCAAUCCUGAAGGAUGGCGCUCUCCAAAUGAAUAACCCCACCUUGGAGUUCAUGAUGAACGCUACAGAGUAUGCACCUCGCCUAUUGAGCCAGCUCACGUUCACUCGCCUCAAAAAAAUUCCUAGAUACCCAAGAGGUGCUACUUUGAGGCGCUCUUGCUCGCAAGUCAAGCGAGACUGGAAUCAUAGCUAUGCGCCAGCUGGUCCAAUGUACAGUCAUCCGUCAAAUGAGUACUCAAGAUCGAAAGAAGAUGGUUUCCCUUACAGCAGCUAUCCUCACGGCGAAUUUCCCGAAUACAAAUAG